AUGCGGGAAAUGAAGAAAAAUGCCAAUGGCGAUAAGAAAAAUAAGAGGCGAAGAGUUGCUCUGGCGUGUGAAGGCUGUCGUCAAAGAAAAACUCGUUGUGAUGGGGUGCAGCCGACAUGUGGAAUAUGUCAAAAAAGGAAGAUUUCUUGCGUAUAUGGAAAGCGAUAUACAAGAGCGCACGUAAGUGUAGAUUAUGUCAAGAGCUUAGAGGAGAAAUUAGGAAUAUUAUCAAAUGAUGGCAAACCUAAAUCUAAUUAUUUUGAUCGUUCCCCAUCUGUAGCUAGUACGCACAGCAUAAAGGAUGAAGACCUACAUGAUGAGGAUGAAGAUGAAGAUGAAAAAAAUAAUGAAGAUUACGAGGAAAUAGAAAAAAAAUCUAAUGAAGGCUCUGAAACUAAUACUCAUAUAAUCGUUUCAUACCCCGAUUCUGUAAUUUCUGAAGCUCAAUUCUCACCCGAUAUACAACGACAACAUUUCAGGUUUAACCAGACUGAAAGUUCUGAAUAUUCAACGACAGAUGCUAUGGGUGCAGGUUCAGGAACACACCCGAAUGUGAAAAAUAAAGAUAAGAGUUUCUACGGAAAGUCCGCAGCUAUGUCUUUCAUGAAAGAGCUUUUUGUAUCAGUAGACGGUGGCAAGCUGAGUGAUGAAGAAGUGGAAUCAUCUAGAAAAUGUAAAUACAAAAUGACCCGGUCUGGUAAACCAUCAAAUAAGAGUAUAGAUAGCAUAAAGCUCCCGCCUAGAAGUGUUGCCAAUAAUUAUGUGAAGAAUUACUUCGAUUACGCAUAUCCCCUUUAUCCCUUUAUCCACAAACCAACAUUUAUGGCUGCAUACGAGGAAAUAUGGUCGGCAGGUGGAGAUAGAUCUGAAGUUGAUGAAUUGUUUUAUUCGAUAGUUAAUGUAAUAUUCGCAUUUGGGUAUCGUUUAUCUCCAACUGGCGAAUUAUUGGAAACGAAUGCCAAUGCCAACGUCUAUUUUGAAAGGUCUCAAGAAUUAUUGAAGUUUCAUUUAAUGGAUUCUGGGUCACUUUUGUUAAUUCAAGCUUUGUUAUUAACAGGACAAUUUCUACAAGCUACAACACGGCUGGCCGGAUGUUGGAAUAUAGUUGGUCUCGCAAUACGUAUCGCUCAGGGUUUAGGACUCCACAUGGAAAAAAGUAUGUCGCCCAAACGAAGCUAUAUAGAACAGGAAAUCGAGAAGAGAUUAUGGGACGGCUGUUUAUUGAUGGAUAAAAUAGUCUCUAUGACAUUUGGGAGACCGUUGAUGGUUGUCCAGGAUCACGUACAGGAAGCGCCUGUUUAUAUUGAUGACGAAUUUAUUACCGACACAAGUAUAAAUUACCCACCGAUAGAAAAGCCUUCAGUUUUGAGUUUUGUUUCCGAAACUGUGAAAUUGUAUGAUAUAUUGGCAGAGAUUUUAAAUAUUUUUUAUACAGAUAGUGGACCUGACUGUGUGGAUUUGCUUAUAAGUAUUUUCAAAUUCCAAGAAAGACUAUAUGAUUUUCAAGAUAAUAUUCCAACCCAUAUUAAGUUUGGCCAUGGUUUGCUUGAAACACCAUAUCAGCGACAGAGUAUUGUAUUACAUAUAAGGUAUUUGCAUUUGAAAAUAAUGCUUUACAGACCUGUUUUAUUUCCUAAGAAUAGAGAUCAAGUUUCUAAUAGUGGGAUAAAUCGUACGGAAUUAUACAUGUCCAGUCAGAGAUCUAUCUCAGCAUUAUGUGUUGAUACCGCUAUGGAGUUGAUUAGUAUGAUAAAUAGGUAUAGAUCGGCUGAUAUAACUUUGCUACCUGCUAUCUGGUAUAAUGUUUUUUAUAUUUAUACGGCUGCAUCAGUUUUGUUAGCUGCAAAACUCCAACCUAGCUUACAGGAUGAUUUGGACAAAAUAAAGUUUGAAUCAUCUUGGACGAUGAUGAGUGAGUUACUAUCUUCGUACAAGUCACAAUCAAAAUCUGCAGCUCGAUGUUUAAAGGUUUUAGAGAUGAUGAACGAUAGAAUCAAGUUUACAAGUCAAAAGCGUUCUAAAAAAAAUUACGGCACUCAUCACCAGCCAGAAGAAAGUUACUCUACUAAUAGCGAAUCUGAAAUCCCUACAGAUUUGCUUUACUCGUUGAUGUAUGAUACUGAGGGACCGUUUGGAGGUCCUUUCUUUUAUAAUAAUGAGUUUGAUCGUAUUAUAUAG